AUGGGGCUUUUCCGGAGUUUAAGGUCAACUUGGUUAACCAUCUUGUUUUGGAAUAGCGUUUGUUCCCAGUUGUAUGAAAAUAAUAACCAAUGGAACAAUCAGUUGAUAAGUGAUAGCAACGAGGCGUCAGCACAAUUGUCACAGGAGAGGUUAGAGGCUCUUCUUAAAGAGACGAAACUUGAGUCGGAAACUUGGAGAAGCAGAUACGAAACACAGAUGGAAUCUUUCAACAGAUUACCGACAGUAUGCAAAGAACAUGUCCAUAAUGUUCCAAAAGUAAUAGAUAUCUGUAGAGACGACCCUUCCCUGGUAUUUUCUCAUCAUGACGAAUGUCAGCUGUAUUACAACUGCUCUUUUACGUACACCAGUAUAUCCUCCCACUUAGAGCAGCACAUUGUGGAAUGUCCAUACCCAAGUCUGUUCUCCACAAAGUCCUUUAGAUGUGAGAACUUUACGGAUGUAUGUUGUGGACUGAGAAAAGAGCUGAAGGAUAAAUGCGAUUAUAGGUUACUUUCUGAGAGCCCCUCUACAUGCAAACGACAGUACCCUAGUUGUAGCGGGAAAACCGACGGUUACCAUGAAAACAACAAUGGACCAAACUCAUAUUUUAACUGUUUUAGGGAGCGAUUACUCAACAUGGGAACAUGUGAAGACGAUAGUUUAUGGAAUAUUAACAAAAUAAUAUAUGAUGGUCAAUGUCGCAACCCCUACGAAGUGCCUUAUAAAGAUGGCGGUUUUCUUUCAAGUUGCGAUGGAAAGAUGGACGGAAAUUAUGCCAAUGAGCAUCCUGAUUUUUAUUUUGUAGGACAUAGAGAUUACUUCAGAGUAGGACGAAAAUGCGAUGCUUACUAUCGAUGUUUAGGGGGAGUGGCAAGCGCUGUCAAAUGUCCAAAUGGAACCACAUACGAUUCACUGAGUAAAAGUUGUAAACCAGGGAACCAUUCCAUUGGAUUGGGAUGCCAGCUUUAUUGCCAUCCAAAUUUUGAAAUGUUUGGAUUUCCAAACAAUUUGGACGAAUGUCCAUAUCCAGAACAGUUCUCUGACGUCACUAAUCGUUGUGAAAAUUUUACAAAGGUCACGUGUGGAUCGCGUCCACAAGUCAAAUACUAUUGUUCCUAUUGGAUUACACUCUACAAGCAUCGAAAUUUGGACUCUAUAUUGCACUGUUGGAAACAACACCUUAAUUGCACUAGCUUAUCCGAUGGAGUUUAUGAGCAUCCUACUAAACGCCCUGGUCCUCAUUACGUUAUAUGUCUGCAAGGAAGAGAAAUUGGGGAAGGAACAUGUCUGAGAGAUACCAUAUGGCAUGAACAAACGUAUCCCUUUAAUGGCACGUGCACGCAACGCUAUGCUAUUCCGAUUUCUUAUCACGGAAUAGGACUUCUUCCAGACUGUUCUAAAAAGGCAGAUGAACAUUAUGAGUAUUCAAGUAGACCUUGUGAUGCUUACUAUAAAUGUGAAGGUGGGGUAGCGUCUGCAGUUAAAUGUCCCCCUAAUACUAGCUUUAACAAAGACACUGAAAUUUGCAUGACAGGUGAAUACUUUAAAUUACUGUGCAGCCUUUUGCAUUGCAAACACUGUGAACAAUUGCAUCCAAGUUGCAAAGAAGAGGGAAACGGAUUCUUUCAACAUCCUUUAAAAGGUUUGUCGCCUUGGUACAUUCUUUGCAAAGAUAACCGAACGAUCGAAGAAGGAUAUUGUCCAACAGACAAUGAAUGGAGAGCUCAACAAUUUCCUUACAAUGGUCAGUGUGUCCAUCUUUUUGCUAUUCCAAACGAAUAUAAUUCUGUUGGUUUACUCCCAUCAUGCAAUGGUAAACCGGAUGGAAAUUACCAAUAUCCAGAACGACCAUGUGAUGCUUACUACAAGUGUGAAGAUGGAAUGGCUUAUGCUGUAAAGUGUCCCGGUAAUACGGUUUUUGAUUCUUCAAAUCGAACCUGUAAAAUUGGCGGAAUAUGGAAUGAAUGA